AAGAGCUAAACUUAAGUGUCUUUUUAGUUUAGUAAAGCUUCUCCAUUUCUCCAUCUCCUAUUCUUCACCUUUUCUCAUAAUCUCAUUCACUGUAAAAUCUCGUCAGCAAAUGUAGAAAUCAGAGCCCUUGAUUGCCCCAUAUAUUCAAAGGUUCUUUUGCGACAUGAGCAAAGAAAAAGAGAAGCCGGAGCCUCUGGAUUUCUUUAUUUGGACUGUUGAGGAUGUUGGCCUGUGGUUGGAAGAAAUAAAUCUUGGUAACUAUCGCGAAAUAUUCAAAGAAAAUGGGGUCAACGGAGAGUAUUUGGAAGGGAUGUCAAUGUUUACAACUGAACAGAUCCUCCGGUUCAUACGGAAGUGCCACAUGAAAUGGGGGGAUUUUAUAACAUUGUGCAAGGAGCUUAGGCGAAUAAAAGUGGCCUGCUUGAAAGGGGAGCAAAAGGUACGGCGGCCGUGGUGGGCACUGGCCUGUCUGUCGGUGGUGUUUGUGAAGGCUGCGAAACGCAACAGGCAGUCUCGGGUGGUGUCGUUGAAGCUGGAACCUUGAUGUAGAUUGGGUCAUGUGUUUAUGCUUGUACCAUUAUUGUCUACAAAUUUUGGGCAUUGUUGGGAGCUGGUUCUUCUAUGGAGAAGCCUCUUGCUUUGUCAAAGUUUUCUUCUUUUUUGUUUGGGAUUCGUCGAAGAUACGACAUAUAUAUAUAUAUGCACUAUAUAUUAUAUAGACCAACAUGGUUUGUUUC